AUGAAGCUACAACAACAAGAAAAAAAGUUGAUACAAGAUAUCAAAAAGUCUGCAAGGGCCAACCAAAUGAAAGCUAUCAAGGUCCAGGCCCGGGACCUGAUAAGAACAAGAAAACAAGUGGAGAAGUUUGAUAAAAUGAAAACACAAUUACAAGCGAUUUCACUCAGAUUACAAACUAUGAGAUCAUCUAACCAGAUGACCAGUUCCAUGAAAGAUGCCGCCCGACUGUUAAAUGGUAUGAAUGGGCAAAUGAACAUUCAAGGGCUGUCUAGAAUAACCAUGGAGUUUCAGAAAUCUAUGGACAUAAUGGAUCAAAAACAAGAGAUGGUAGACGACGUUAUGGAUGACCUAAUGGACGACGAGAUUGAUGUGGACGAUGAAGAGGAAAUUGACGAGGUUGUUGGCAAAGUCCUGGACGAGAUGGGAAUUGACUUGAAUACAAAGCUCUCGGAUAGUGUACCUGAGGGCAUUGGGCAUGUGCCCGUGGAGUCGAAUACUGUGUCCAAAAAUCAAGCAAUGGCUGUCGGUGUUGAUGGUGGGCUUGAUGAUGAUUUGCAAGCUAGGCUGAAUGAGCUAAAGAGGUGA